UUCAAUGUUUUGUAGAUGGAACUAACACAAAGUAUUCGACUUCAUUUUCUCACCUCUUGAGUAUCCCAGCCCUCAGCUGUCAACAACCAGCCCCUAGCUCCCCGAAGCCAAUACUUGCUUUAAACCAUUACAAAGAGUCAUACGAGCAUAGACUCAUACGUAACAUUGACUUCUUCGUAUUCUUCCAUUAGAACACAUUCGCUAUCUUCAUGCUGUAAUAUCAUAACACAUUAGAAAAAGAAAAAAGAAAGGGGGUCAACGAUAGACAUCAUCAUGUCUUGUCCUAUGCCUAACUGCUAUCUCAUCCGCCCCAACGGGACGAGUCAAAAGGUCGACCACGACAAGGAUACAAGCCCGGGUAAUAUCUUCUAUUACUGCUCUUUACACCGCGUCUACCAUUGCGUCGCUGCCAAGUUUCAUCGGCGUCUUCCGCAGCCCACUUGCGGCGAGUGUGCUUGGCUCUUCUUCCAGUUCCCCAAGGAGGCAACCAAGUACCCCGAGUCCGACAUCCCCGCAUUUGCUAGCUCUGAGGAUGAAGAAAUGGCAGUGGAAGCCCCUUUCUUUCAUGGCCACGACUUUGGAUACGAAUACGGUGCUACCGCUAAUGUCCAGGAUUUCGGCGGUGAUAUGGGCCUCCAUGGGAACAUGCCUGUGUCACCCACGAUAGAGGAGACCCUCGACGCCUUGGCUCAUCGGGCUCGCCAGAGCGAUAAGACGCAAGACGGCGACAGCCGAAAGCGUGUCCGCUUCGACUCCCAUGAUGGAUCUCGUAGUCGAGAAUUCGAAUUCGGCCCUAGCCCAAACGAGUAG